AUGUCGUUUGAACCUUUUCAAGGAUUCCAGGAUAUCCAACAAGAGCUCUUGGCCCAGAACUUAAUCGCUGCUCCCCCACCUCUAUCAGGGAGCAUCGUUAUGGUCGAUGGACUACCUCCCCCUGAGGAGACGACAUCGCAGCAACUCACGCCUCUGCAACUCAUCUAUAAUCUUUUCAGUACAACCCAGCAGGGCGCUAGCGCUUACAACUCCCACCCAGCUAUUGUCUUGCUCAUCCAAUGGAUGAAGGCCCAGCUUACUGAUCCUUCAUGGCAAGGGUCAAAUUUGAACAGUGUUAUCUUCAGUAACAUUGGAGAAACGCCUUCUUCCUACAGUGCGGUCCAACUCGAUGACAGUUCUUUGAAGAAUGGCGGAAUAGCGCUUCUCAUCAAGUCCAUUUACAACGCGUGUACAAGAUGGGAUGACAACAUCAAUUUGGAUCAAUGUGUCGCCAACAUUGCCACGCUGAACACCUAUAUCUGGAACAACAAGACUGAUAUCUUGAUCAUGUGGUAUCGGGAGUAUUUCAACAUCUGGCCAACUGAUAACACAACCUACGUGGAUAUGUACAAGGCGGUUCUGUGCUCUAAUGCAUAUAAGUCCUUGAAACAGGCGGAGGCCAGUGAUGGUACAUGGAUAGACGCCAAUCUUGAGAUGUUUCACCACUUUGCCAAGCUGGCUGCCUGUGGAGCAACAGAUGAUCAAAUCAACGACAUAUAUACGGAGUUGACCACGGCAGCCCCCAUUGUCAAUGCUAGCACGUUUGGUAUGAUUUAUACCAACCACUGGCGUGACUAUGAAGGAUGGCUCAAUAAGGGCAACCUUGAUUUUGGGGAUCUAGGCGCCACAAAUUUGGAUGACGUAUAUGAGAUAUGGUUUGCGAAUCCACCAGCUGAACCUGUCCCCUCAUUCGAAUAUCUUGCCGAAGAUAUCAUACAGCAUUACGACUACUGGAAAGAUUCGCCCUCGCCCUCGUGUUUAUCUGCACCAAGUCAAGUUCUAAUGGCUUCGGGAGAGAUCCUGGCAAUUAGCGAAGUCAAGCCCGGAGACUGCGUUGUAUCUGGUCUUUUGGGGACUGCGGGUGCCAGAAAUACCCGCACUGUCGCAUUUGUAAGUAAGUCUGAGCGGGCUGGCAGACAGCUUUACGAGUUGAAGUCUCUCCCUGGUAUCCAAUUUACCGCAACUCAUCCCUUGAUUAUGGAUUCCAUUGAUCAAAGAGGCCGUGACCUGCUACCAAAGCUAGAAUUCGCCAAUCACCACUUGGCAGCAGCUUUAAACCCGACCUGGCAAUCAUUGGAAUCAUCGGCCAUUAAUCCUCGCAAUAUAAUCACUCAUGAUGGCUCAAAAGACCAAAAUCCGGAAUUUCUUUAUGAUAUCGUUUUCGAGCCAAUUUCAUCGACGGGGGAGUCCAGCUCAUCUGAAGUUCUUCCUAUUUACAUCGUAGAGGCUUCAAAUGGAAAGCAACUGAAUGUACUUUCUGAGGCGCCUAUCAUUCAAUGGUUUCCCAUGGAAAUGAUCUUCAUGGAUAAUGCCAUGCACGCACUUCUCGAGAGUCAAGCAGACAUGGAAAAGGUUAUGAGGACUGUCCACAUGCAUAAAGGGUCUUUACAGGGCCUACUGCGAGUAUUAGCUGGGACGGAUGUCUCACAACAUCUCAUUCAUGCAAGUAUGGAUGCGACUCUUGAAUCAGUUCUGUCACUUGGGAAUGACACUGAAGAUAGUCAACGAGUAAGCGAUUUGAUCGAGAAGCUUAUCAUGCGCCUCGGCAGAACAAUCGGGAAAGAGAUCAGUACAGGAUGGUUGAACAAUUCUCAAUCCUCCGUGUCGGAGAAGGGUCUCACCGACAUUGUUCUGGUGCAUUACCUCCGUCGUCUUAACAAUUCAGAUGGUAACCGUCAACCUGUACCGGCUGAAUGGACAGCGGAAAUCAGUACACCACAUUCCCGAUCUGCACGCGUUCACCUUCAAGGUCAGGUUCAGGGACACAACACUUUGCUGUUGCAUGAAGCUAUUCUUUUACCGCCAAUCCACCAACAGGCAACGGCAAAUUCAGAAACAACGACUCGACUCGUCCAAGUUGAACUCACAGAUGGGGCCGGGAAUGCCACCUUGGUCGGCGGUGGACCGCUUACCUACGGCUCACAAGGUAUUCUUAACAUCAGUAAUCUUAGCACCCAGGGAAGUUGUACACAUGCGGUGCUAGAGGUUGAGUUACGUCAAGUGCCAUAUGAUUAUUUUGAGCAGAGGCAGAAGUGGAAUAGCAAGAGACAAAUCAAUUAUGCUGCAUGUUUGGGCUAUGCCUUUGGACUGAGGCUUUUGGAACUCGAUGAAUAA